UCGGUGCUAAUUGCGGCCAGCGUCUUGUGUGUAUCGUGGGGGGCGUUAGGCAGGGAAGCGUGCGGACCUUUUGGAUCCAAGAAGGCCUCUAAAGUUUAUCAUUUUUCGCUGUGGGGGGGGGGGGGGCAGCGGUGUUAGGUUCGUCGUUGUUGGCGCGGUUAUUCUUUUUUUAGUAGUUUUUGUUGACGCGUUAGGUCAUUGAUGGGGUUUGGUUGAUGCGUUGGUAGAGUCGAGUGAGUGAAGGGCGAUUCGUCAAUUAGUGUUGGUGGUGGGGGGGGAGGUGGGGACAGCUUGAGGCGAAGCCUGAGAAAGUCGUCUUCUUAAUGAGAUGGAGCAGGAGGCCGGGAGCCGAGACAAAAGCACGGAGGAGCGCCCGGCCUCCCCUCCCGGCUCGCCGCAGGGCGACACGGCCACGGCCGCCACCACCGCCACCACUACCCCCUCGUCAUCUUCAACCCUCAACAUCUCCACCAUCUCGGCGACGGCUGCCAGCGACGACGACGACGAGGAGGCAUCGAAUAACAACAACAACGACAACAACAACAGCAACGCGUCAAGCAGCGCCGCCUCUGAGGACGACAACCAAUCGGCUUCCGGCUCGGAGUCUGGCAGCCAGUCGGAGAGCGGCGAUGACUCGGGCAGCCAAUCGGAGAGCAGCUCUGGCGGCUCCGGCGGCUCGGGAGGCUCCGGCGGCUCGGGGUCUGAAGGAGCCACCUCGAGAGGGGAUGGCUCACCGGGCCAGCGGCAAAACCGGCGGCCCUCGCGCAAGGAGCGACUUGCCGACGUUAAGAAGAUGUGGGAAGAGUUCCCUGAUGUUUAUGGGGUCAGGAGGUCAAACCGUUCGCGUCAAGAGCCGUCUCGUCUAGAUGUGAGCCGGGUGGAGGAGGGCACCAGCGACGACGACUCGGAGGUGGACUCGCCCAAGCAGAAGGGACGUGCCAAGCGGAGACCUGAUGAGGACUGGCAAGCAUCCGGAACGGGUGACGACGGCGUGGAGGAGGAGGAGGAAGAGGAGGAGGAGGAAGAUGACAGCAGCGAAGGGAGUGCCUCGGACUACGAGCCCCAAAACAAAGUCCGGUCGCGGCGUCCUCCGCCCAAACCUCCGGCCAGACCGCCGACUCGUCGCGGGACCCCCAAGAAGACGCCCAAGAAGCGUAAGAAGAGCGAGUCUUCCGACGACGAGGACGACGUGACGCCCAAGAGGCAGUCGCGACGGCAGGCGACGGUGAACGUGAGUUACAAGGAGGACGAUGACGAGGAAACGGACUCUGAUGACAUCAUCGAGGUGACGGAGACGGCGCAGCAGGCCGAGAGCGAGGAGUUCGAGAUGAUCGAGCGCGUCAUCGACUGCCGCGUCGGGCGCAAGACAGCCGUCGGUGCCGCCACCACCAUCUACGCGGUGGAGGCCGACGGAGACCCAAACGCUGGCUUCUUGCCCGGCGAGGACGCCACUGCCGCCAAAGCCGCCACCACCGCCGCUGCCUCCGCCGCAACUUCCACCGCAACCGCCGCCGCCACCACCACCACGAAGACCCCCGCCGAUAGCACCGAGGCGACCGCCGCGACGGACGGCGGUGAUGCCGGCGCCGACGCUGACGCCGAUGGCGGCAGCGUCCCGGCGGACGGCGCGAGCGGUGCGAGCGGCGGCGGCAUUCAGUACCUGAUCAAGUGGAAGGGCUGGUCCCACAUCCACAACACGUGGGAGAGCGAGGACACACUGCGGCAGCAGAAGGUGCGCGGCAUCAAGAAGGUGGAGAACUUCCAGAAGAAGGAUGAGGAGAUUUCGCAGUGGCUGUCGAUGGCUUCCCCGGAGGAUGCCGAAUACUACAGCUGCCAGCGGGAGAUGUCUGCCGACCUCUACAAGCAGUACUGCGUGGUGGAGCGCGUUAUAGCAAUGAAGACUAGUAAGUCUGCUCCGAGUCACACUGACUCCUCCCUGUCGCACGUGGGCCACAAGUCAACGUCGGGCCACCCGGACUACCUGUGCAAGUGGCAGGGCCUGCCCUACGCCGAGUGCAGCUGGGAGGACGGCGCCCUCAUUUCGCGCAAGUUCCAGCACUGCAUCGACGGCUACAUGGCGAACCUCCGCUCCAAGACGCUCCCCACCAAGGAGUGCAAGGCGCUGAAGCAGCGUCCACGUUUCGUGGCGCUGAAGGAUCAGCCGCCGUUCGUGGGCGGCGUCGACUGCCUGGAGCUGCGGGACUACCAGCUCGACGGCCUCAACUGGCUCGCGCACUCGUGGUGCAAAGGCAACAGCGUGAUCCUUGCCGAUGAGAUGGGGCUGGGCAAGACGAUCCAGACCAUCUCCUUCCUAUCCUACAUGUUCCACUCUCACCAGGUGUACGGGCCCUUCCUGCUGGUGGUGCCCCUCUCCACCGUCACGUCCUGGCAGCGAGAGUUCGCGACGUGGGCGCCCGAGAUGAAUGUGGUGGUGUACCUGGGCGACAUGUCGAGCCGAAACGUGAUUCGGGAGUACGAGUGGAUUCACCAGCAGACCAAGAAACUCAAGUUCAACGCCCUGGUCACCACCUACGAGAUCCUGCUCAAAGACAAGACUGUGCUGGGCGCGGUCAACUGGGCGUUCCUGGGCGUGGACGAGGCUCACCGGCUGAAGAACGACGACUCGCUGCUGUACAAGUCGCUCAUCGAGUUCAAGACGAACGUGAGGCUGCUCAUCACGGGGACGCCGCUCCAGAACUCGCUCAAGGAGCUCUGGUCUCUGCUGCACUUCAUCAUGCCCGACAAGUUCUCCGCGUGGGAAGACUUUGACGCGGUGCACGGCAGCGGCAGCGACAACGGCUACGUGAGCCUCCACAAGGAGCUGGAGCCCUUCCUGCUGCGCCGCGUCAAGAAGGACGUGGAGCGCUCGCUCCCCGCCAAGGUGGAGCAGAUCCUGCGCGUGGAGAUGACGCCGCAGCAGAAGCACUACUACAAGUGGAUCCUGACGAGGAACUUCAAAGCGCUGAGUAAAGGCACGCGGGGCAGCACAUCGGGCUUCCUCAACAUCAUGAUGGAGCUCAAGAAAUGCUGCAACCACUGCUACCUCAUCAAGCUGCCCGAGGACGAGAACGGGGACAAGCACGACAUCUUGCAGUCGCUGGUGCGCAGCAGCGGCAAGCUGAUCCUGCUGGACAAGCUGCUGUGCCGGCUGCGCGAGACUGGGCACCGCGUGCUCAUCUUCUCGCAGAUGGUGCGCAUGCUCGACAUCCUCGCCGACUACCUCGCCAUGAAGCACUUCCCCUUCCAGCGGCUGGAUGGGUCCAUUAAGAACGAGCAGAGGAAGCAGGCUCUCGAUCACUUCAACGCCGAGGGAUCGGAGGACUUUUGCUUCCUGCUGUCGACGCGCGCCGGCGGCCUCGGCAUUAAUCUGGCGUCUGCCGACACGGUCGUGAUCUUCGACUCGGACUGGAACCCACAGAACGACCUCCAGGCUCAGGCGCGGGCCCACCGCAUCGGCCAGAAGAAGCAGGUGAACAUCUACCGGCUGGUGACGCGCGGCACCGUGGAGGAGGACAUCAUCGAGCGAGCCAAGAAGAAGAUGGUGUUGGACCACCUGGUGAUCCAGCGCAUGGACACGACGGGCAAGACGGUGCUGCAGAAGGGCUCGGCGCCCUCCAGCUCCACGCCGUUCAACAAGGAGGAGCUGGCGUCCAUCCUCAAAUUUGGCGCCGAGGAACUGUUCAAGGAGGGCGAGGCCGAGGAGCAGGAUUCGCAGCAGGAGAUGGACAUCGACGAAAUCCUGCGGCGAGCGGAGACGCGGGAGAACGACGACAGCUCGCUGCCCACGGCCGGCGAGGAGCUCCUCUCGCAGUUCAAGGUGGCGAACUUUGCGACGAUGGACGAGGAGGGUCAGGAGCUGAAGGACGCGCUGGCCGUCCGCUCGUGGGACGAGAUCAUCCCCGAGGAGCACUGGAAGCGCGUGGAGGAGGAGGAGCGGCAGAAGGAGCUGCUCGAGAUCUGCAUGCUGCCACGCAUGCGUACCAAGAAGCCGGUGCACGUGAACGGCAGCGACUCGGACGCGAGCUGCCGGCGGCGGCGCGGCAAGCGGCGUUCGUCGGGCUCGGAGAGCGACUCUGACGACUCGGGGGACGACAAGAAGCCGCGCAAGCGGGGCCGGCCACGCACCGUGCCCCGUGACACUGUGCAGGGCUUCACCGACUCGGAGAUCCGGAGGUUCAUCAAAAGCUACAAGCGAUUCGGAGCGCCGUUGGAGAGGCUGGAUGCGAUUGCGCGCGACGCGGAGCUGGGGGACAAGUCGGCGGCAGACCUCAAGCGACUCGGGGAGCUGAUCCACCGCGGCUGCGAGGAGGCCAUGCAGGAGCAAGCGGACGGCAAAGUCGACGGUGGCGGCCGGGGUAAGAAGCGAGGGCCGGCGUUCCGGCUGUCGGGCGUGCAGGUGAACGCCAAGUCGCUGCUGGCGCACGAGGAGGAGUUCCUGCCGCUGCACCAAGCCAUCCCCUCCGACCCUGAACAGCGCAAGCGGUACCGGCUGUCGUCGCGCGCCAAGGCGGCGCACUUUGACUCGGAGUGGGGCGUGGAGGAGGACUCGAACCUCCUCGUGGGCAUCCACGAGUACGGCUACGGCAACUGGGAGCUCGUCAAGAUGGACCCCGAUCUCAACCUCACCGACAAGAUCUUGCCCGACGACCCGGAGCUGAAGCCGCAGGCGAAGCAGCUUCAGACCCGCGCCGAUUACCUCGUCAAGCUGCUGAAGAAGGAGAUGCUGCGCAGGGAGGCCCUGAAGCCCGCGGCCCAGGCGACGAACAAGAAGCCCCGCAGGGUCCACGCCAAAAAAGCGCGCAAGGGCGGUGCGCGCGGCGGGGACGCGGGGCAGCCCGACGGCACGAGCGGCGGCUCUCCCCGCGCCGCCGAGCACGCGUCGGAGGAGGAGGGCGAGAUCAAGGACGACGGCGGCGAGAAGAAGAAAAAGAAGAAGCGGGAGAAGGAGAACAAAGAGAAGGGAGCGGACGGCAAGGAGGCGCGGAGAGGCAAGAAGGAGAAACGCGAGAAGAAAGAAAAGCCGCGGACCGGCAAGGGGGCGGAGGGCGGUGGCCGGGCGGACGGGAAGAGCGGGGAGCGGGGCACCCGCGCCGGGGCCAAGGCCUCCAUCCCCCAGGGCCCCGUGCACAUCACAGCGGGCAGCGAGCCCGUGCUCAUCGCCACGGAGACGGAGGAGGAGUUGGACCAGAAGACGUUCAGCAUCUGCAAGGAGCGCAUGCGGCCGGUGAAGAAGGCGCUGAAGCAGCUGGACAAGCCCGAGGAGGGGCUGUCGGAGCGCGAGCAGCUGCUGCACACGCGCCACUGCCUGCUGCGCAUCGGCGACCACAUCUCGGAGUGCCUGCAGAAACACGCGGACCCCGAGAUCGUCAAGCAGUGGAGACGGAACCUGUGGAUCUUCGUGUCGAAGUUCACGGAGUUUGACGCGCGGAAGCUGCACAAACUGUACAAGCACGCGGUGAAGAAGCGCGCCGAGGAGGCCGGGUCGGAGCAGCCCAAGGCGAGGCAGGAGAAGCAGAACUUCGUCGCCAAGAAGCCGUUCCCGCCGGAGCCGUCGGGCUCGAGCCGCGACUCGUCGUACUCGCAGUCGCACUACCCCCCCUCGCAGCAGGGGCCGCACCGCGAGCCCUACGCCAACCAGCACAAGCGGCCGCCGUCGGACUGGGGGGAGAGGCAGAAGGAGCGUGUGUACGGGCACGGCGGCGGUGGUGGCGGCGGCGGUGGUGGCGGCGGUGGUGGCGGUGGCGGUUGGGGCUCUGAGAGGCACCACCAGGGCUACGGCUCGCACCACUACAAGGACCGUUCGUCUCACCGCGGGCGCUCGGACCAGCACCACAACUCGGGGGGCGGCUACCGCCACCACCAACACUACAGCGACGCGGGGCGCAAGCGGCCCUUCGGCAACACCUACCCCGGCGACAAGGACCACCGCGGCGAGUAUUACCGCGGAGACGACCGGUAUCACUCGGACAUGAAGAGGCGUCGGCCUGACGACUUCCGUCCUCACGACCGUGAAUACCGCGGCGGUGGUGGAGGCGGCGGUGGUGGUGGUGGAGGUGGAGGCGGUGGAGGCGGUGGUGGCGGUGGUGGAGGUGGCGGCAGCGAUUACCGCAACGUCAAGCAGUCGAGCGACUACCGGGGACCCUCGGGUGGAGGGGCAUCGGAGCACUAUCGCUUCCACGGUGACGCCAAGGGCUCGGCGGAUGGCGGGCGAAGCGCUGGCGCCGGUGGCGGUGGCGCCGGUGGUGGUGGCGGCGGUGGUGGCGCUGGCGCCGGCGGCCACCGCUCGCCGCUGGUGCAGCGAUCGCCGUACGACGCUCGCUCUCCAUUGGACCGCGACCACCGCAACACGCCGGACUACGGCUGGAACACGCGCAAGACGUAGUGGAGCGGCCGGGAAAGACUGCUCAGCCGCGGACCCGGCCACGCCCCCGGCCGUCUUGAAAGCGAAAGGAAUGAAAUGUUUUUUUUAUCGACGAGAGGGAGCGGGAGGCCGAGCGAGCGAGUGGAGCGUCGUGCGAGCAUCGUGGGAGUCGGUUGGCGGCGGGGGUGGGGCGGGAAAGGCGGUGACGAAUCGAAGAGUUGGCCAACCUCACGCUCUCUCUGCUCUUGUCCUUGGUGGGGUGGGCGGCUGGGUGGUUGUGGCCCCCCCUCCCCCUCGUGAGCUUUUGCACACGUGACAACGGUUGUUUCUGCGGGCGCGUCCACGUCAGCACGUGGAGAGUUCAAAUGCCUUUGACAAAAACGCGCCGAAUAAGACGUUCUGGAGAUGGGUCAGCGACGGCAAAGUGGUUGGGGGGCGUCUUUUUGACAUUUGUUGGUGACGCUGGCCCACGCCCGCCGCUCCUUGCUGCGCUGGGCCCGUCCGUUAGCGCAGGCGGAGGGGGGAGGAUGGACGGAAGAGAACGCAUCAAGGGAGCGUGGCGGGCGAAUGACAACUCGACAAUAAAUGUAGGGCGUGCGUGCGUGCGCCCGCGCGCACCCGUUGUGUGUUGUCCACCCUCCGAGUUCGCCGAGGAGUAUUUUUUUACACGGCGGGGGUCGGGGGGGGGUGUCCGGUGUGUUGAGGGGGGGGGGCGGUGGUUCCCCCGUGUGUGCGUGUGUGAUUGUCUGGGCCGCCCGCCCCCCCCCCCGGCUUUGUUGCGCGUUUAAGCGAGGGAACGAUAAAUGAAAAUGCACAGGGAGGAAACUGUUUAAAGAAGGGAAAAGAUACAUUUGAACGCGGAAAGAGGUGGGAGGGGGGGAGAGACACACGAGGUCUGCCGCCAUAAGGACACUGCUGCUGCCGCGGACGCAGCGAAUUCGGAGGUCGUUGAAAUCGGCGGUCCGCCAGGGUUGUGAACCUGGAUGCUGCAAGGUCACCGGUUAUCCGUGCCUCGAUGCCUGGCCUGAUGCAAGACCACCCCCCCCCCACCACCUCUCCUUUAACACCCCCCUCAAACCCACACCACCACCACCACCACCUCGCAGCUCUCAAGCAACUCUCUUCCAAUUCGAAAACAGCGGCAGCCGGUUGGGAAUUAAUUUAUAAAUGGUUGAUCAUGUUUUUUUGGACCUUCGUCAGCGCUAAACUGUGUACAUAUGUGUUUAUAGUGCACCUCACAAUAAACGGAGUUUUUUUUC